AUGACGGCAUGUCCGAGGCUGACUGACCCGCCUGCUGGUUUGCCACCCUCUCUUGAGACCCUCUGUUUGGGGCCCUUCUGGGGAGCCUCUUUCCAUGUGGUGGACAUCUCCCAGCUGUCGCACCUGAGGGUGCUGAAGCUGAACCGCGUUGGGGUGAUGUGUGGGCCUGCAAUCAGCAGCAGGUUGUCGUGUCUGGAGCAGCUGGAGCAGCUGGAGAUGAGUUUGGGAGGAGACAGUUGCGAGCUCCCAGUCCCCAUGACUUCGAUUUCUCUCUAUCACCUGCGCAACUUGCUGAUAGAUGUGCUGGGACUUUGCAGCCUCCCGGAAACCAUGGCGGCAGCGUUGCCAGAGCUGCGGCAGCUGGAGCUUCGUUCCUGGAUACCAAAGGAGCUGCCGGGAGGCAUACCGGAGCUCACCUCGCUGACGUCAUUGACGAUCAACGCACCUCGGCUGACGGCGCUACCUCAGGGCAUGAGCCGCUUGUCUCGGCUGCGCAAACUGGAGUUGAUUCGCUGCAACGCCUUGCAGCACCUCCCGGAGUGUCUCACCCAGCUGCACCAGCUGAUACUGCGUGACACCUCCAUCCCCUCCCUUCCUGCGAAUUUCGUGCAGCUGAUCGCGGACUUGGCCCUUGCAGAAUGGGUGCACCGCUCACCAAGGCACUAUCCCCUUCCUUCCCCAUACCCUCUUCCCCCCCAACCCUCUCAUCCCCCCCCCCUCCCCCCCACCCCCCACCACCCCCGCUUCCCCCCCACCACUUCCGCACGUGCUCCUCCCAUGUCCCGGAUCCUGACUCCACGGUCGCGCCGCACUGCUCUCACCCAGCUUCUCCUGCACCGGUUUCUUCUGGCCCAUGAGUCCCCGCCCUGCCCCUGCAGCACGGGCACACUGUUCACGGGGAACCUGCGGGCUGCUGAGCUGAGGCUGGAACUAUCCGCACCUGCGUCUCCAACCCCUGCUUCACCGUCUCCUGUCCGUUGCAUGCUGGGUGUGUCGUGGCCAUAUCUCUCUUGA